AGACUACAACAGGUAUUGAUGAUUAUUAAAAUUAUUUGUCUACUAGACGCGCGGCAUGCGUUGAGCGAGUAUACGGAGAGAUGCCCCUGGAGUAGUUGUCGACUUUGAGAGCGAAAAAUACCAUGAAAAACGUGCAAAUCCCAACCCCUUCUACUUCGUGUGAAGAAGACGGAAAUCGUAUCGCAUUAAAAAACGGCAUUAAGAAACGUGGAACAAAUUGUUUUCUUUGAAUACACAUGUCGCCUUCCUUCGGAGCGAGCUCUACUCGGUUAAUAGAAGUACUCAGUUAAUGCUAUGUGAAGCUGCAGAAGCAGGUCGGAGCACGUAUUCAUUGAGUCUAUGAGAGAAGCUUCAGUGUAGUCACCAGAAAACCAGUCAGACGCUUCAAAAACAGUGAUACUUGUGAAGACUACUUAUACUGACCUUAUUGAAGUGCAGUGAAAAAACAAAAAGAGAAACAUGGACGAAGUGCUGACAGCACGUCUGCACACGGACGUGCCCGGUGAAGGUGCGACGCUCUACAAGCACUUGUGCGAGCUCCUCGGAACAUGCAUCGACAAAAAUGACCCAAGCGCAUUAGCCCUUUUGGAGUACUUCAUGAUAUUAGUGGAGAUUCAAUUAUGAGGAGCACCGCAACAGAAGUUCAGCAGCCGACAAGAAUGAACGAACAGAUUGACUCUAGUACUAUAAGUGUAAGUUCUCGCCUCUAGUAUGAAAUUCGUGACAGUGUAGCAGUGCGCUAGGUAAUCUCCAUUGUUUUACACAUCUCAGGCAAUGCUCUAUGGAACUGAAGUUUGGUCGCUUCAGACCAGCUAGUGGACCGGAAGUGAAAAAGCACAUUGUCCCUCACCCGGAUUUACUCGCUGCGAAAAAUGGUAAUUUUGACUAGUAACAGUACUCCCUCCCCUUUUCUCGCAAAUGAAUUGCAUACAACGAACUGUAGAAGGCCAUGACCACAGAUUUAGCAAACUAUUUCUCGAUGCAUUGAUGCUUCGUAUAGAAGGUAAGUCCACUAAUUUGACCACGAUGUGAAGAUUCGCACGAUAAAGAUAUCCAGUCUAUCCCUCGUUACUUUAUUUCACUUAUAGUCAUGGGAUUCACCCAAAAAAGACCCUAGUGGCAGAAGCAGACGUAAAUAAAAAAGAAAAGAAAACUAAUUAGAAAUGGGCCCCGAGCCUGCAUACUUCAACCCAUUCGCCUUCAGGAUGACACUGAAGUGAAACCAUCUGAAUAUGAUCGCCUGAGCUUCUGACAAACCUUGUCACAACCCUUUUCCACUCUCAUAAACUUAACUCACUGACUAAAGAAGAGUAAAAUACACAAGGACAAAGCUUAACUUUCCUGAGUCUGCUAAAGUUUACUAAGUUACCUCAAGUAGAUCACAACAGUUAUUUUACUUAUAGUUAACUUGCUCCACCUCCACACCAACUAUCAUUCAUCUUCAUCGAUCACCAGCUCAUAGCGCGAAAUUGCGGACUCUUGUGACUGCUGGCGAAGAUGAUGGGCACUUUAUGGCGCAGUGUGCCACCAUGCGCAUGGCGGGUCUCGGUUUUUCAAAGCAGGAGUCAUAUCAAAUCAAGCUUAGAAUAGGCGAAAUCUCAAGAAAGGCAGGAGUAAACAGCGUGAGGUAAUAGAUACUACUAUUACUGUUAGUAUGAGGUCCUAAUACACAAGGUGUUUUCGUUUUUAGGCCAUUAAGUAUAAUAUUACGAAGAAUCCAGCACACAGGUUCUGGGGAAAGAUUCUUGGAACGGAAAAAGACUACAUCGUCUAUGAAGCAACGAUAUCAGGCGAGGGAGUCGGUUCAGACAAAUAUGAAGCACGAGGCCUAGGCGCAAACAAGCACUGCUACUUCGUAUCUAUCAGAGAUUUACUUGAUAUUUGAAUCAGUUUCAGUAGCUUUUGUUUCAUGCAACUUUUAAUCUACUUAUUUUUAUCUUGAUCUUUCUCCUGACUGUUAUUUCUUUGUUCUCAAAAUCGUUUUUUUUACUCCUUAACCCUCGACGAUUGGCUUUAAUCGCCCAAUGAAAAAUCUUUCUUCUACUCUCAUCUUUUUCAAACUAGGUCCAAAACGAGCCCAUGGGGGAACUGACACAGCUUCCUGAAGUAACAGCAGACGAAAUCCGAAGGAGCCGACUAGUCCAGAAAUACUUUAUUAAGGCUACCACUGAAGCAUCCUCAACGCCAUCCUUGAUCCUUACAGCGCUUAAUAGUUGAAAACGAAGCUCAGGAUGGCGUCACGGAUGCAAACGUGGCAGCUCCAACUUUAGCGGAGACUUGAAUAAGGACAUUGUUGCUUGUCCAUGGUUUGGUGGGAAAGAAAUUAGCCUUCUUCGCGCGCAAAUCGCAAGAAUAGGCCACAGCUGCACGCUCCAUGUUGGAGGAUACUAUGUACUUGAAAUCUUCAUGAUCAUUGAAUGAAUCUUUUGCUACACUAUUUUUUCAAUUGGUUUUCCCAAUCACAUGACCACCUAGUAAACAAAGUCUCAAGAAUGAGCCGCCACUACCUGGGUACAUACAUAAGUAUGCAUCUUUCUAUCUGUCACCUCCAAACUAUACACGAUCACUCAGGCUAUCGACGAGGAGACAGGAAAGUUAGCUCUAGCAGAAGAAUUCGCCAUGCCUGGUGGAGAGGAGCUUGCUGGACAAGGGACAUGGGUCCAUUGCUCCGACUACAUUCUAGAAAACGGUACUGCAGCUAUGAUAUCUCUUGUUUUUUGACCUAAGAUUCUUCCUUUACAACCUUCUAGCUUUACCUUUUAUUUAUCUCCAAGCGAGGUUCAUCGUGGUGGAAGCUUUUUUUUGAUAUUCUAUCUUCUUCAUUGUGAUUCUGUAGAGGACGCAUCGCCACGUCGCCAGUGGGUCCUCAUGUAAGAGCAAAGGAUACUGGUACAAAUACUUGUAGGUAAGACCUCGUCGCACCCCCAUCAAACAUAAGUCCUACAAACUACACAAACAGGUAAGACCUCGUACCCCGAUCCUGAGUCUAUCGAAGAUGAGGAGGCAAAAGCAGCCCUUGAUGCAGAGAUGGAGGCGUGCCCGGUCAUUCCUCUGUUAACGCCGAUUCAAGCGGAUUUAGAGCAAGAUGAAGAAGGAAACUCUCUCGCAUGGACAAUCAAGCAAGUCGGGGAUAAGUCCAGGUAUUUAGUUAUGUAUGAUAUUAAGGAUUACUAUUACAUUGAUGAUGAAUAAAACCUUAGACGAGACGAGAGUAAUUAGUUAAGUAGCGAAUUACUCAACAACAAGGUACUAGAACUAGAAGGAGGUGUUAGUCAUACAGCAUUUACUCCUCAACAUUCUUCUGAAGUACUAGUUCUAGAAGGAGUGAUAUUUUCUUAUUGGUCAAAUCAAAAACGUGUACACGUAGAUGUACAUGUAGUACUACGACUUCUUUCUCCUUUUUUUUUUGGAGGAACUUGAUACGACUACUUUUUUCCCCCAUUGACACAUCCCAGCUACUCAUUCAACGAUGUGACGAAGCAGUAUACUGUGACUGUUGUCCAAUCAAAGAGGUGGCCUGGAGCAUUCACUAUUGCGCAGGGAAGCAGCGUCUACAAUGUUUACGUACUCAAUUUGUCCUCCACCAUCCGUACCUCCAGUGCUCUUUUUUCUUGAUGUUUAUAUUUUCACCAAAGCAGAUGCUGGUGCAUCAGAAUGUUGAAUGGUAAUGCUAGAUCAGAAUGAUCUAGUAGAGCAUCAUUUUUACCAGAAUGAUCUCGAGCACCACCUCCACCAUCCCUUACUCUCUCUCGCAACCUCUUCAGAUCGGUUAUGGGGUGAAGAAGGAGACGAAGUUGCCAGUUCUGGUGCCUUUUGUCGGCGCAACGCAGCUAGGAUUGCCGCCAAUCAUGACUGAACCCGAUGACCAGGAGGAGCAUCCAGAACCGAACCCGGAGGAAGAGGAAGCGCCAUCAGAUGGCGGUGACGAGGAUCCCCCAGAGUAGGUGAUUCUGGGGGAUCCUCCAGAGCAGAUGGCGGUGACGAGGAUCCCCCCAUCAUGUUUAGAAACUGCAAAUAGAGAUCUAAUACUUCCUACACAGUGUUGUAGUUAUACUGCUUCUUCGGGUGGUGCAAGAAGUAGUCAGACACAGACUCAGACUAACUUGGUUCUAUUCACUUGCGCCCCGCCCAAGUUAGUUUGUGAGCAAGAAAAGCGUUACUUGGACACAUUUUGUGAGUGAUCAUACUUCAGAAAAAUUCAACGCCAAUAAUUACACGAAAAGAUUUUUAUCCACCUAUAUUAAAUGUAAUCAAUCAAAGCAAUGAGAUAACCAGAUGCUGAAAAACACAAGAGCAGUAGUUCUGAUAUUGUAGCGUUAUGUAGAUCUAGGAAAAGCACAAUGAACACUGGCUAGAACGGUUCAGAACAAGAUAAUACCACAUGAUGAUCGUCGAUGGAAUCUUCUAAUGAUCAUGACCUAUACACUCCCUUGUCACUAUCUAGUGGCAGAUGGCACUCUUCAAAUUCGAAAGCUUUUUACCUCCACAGGAGUAAAGGACUAAUAAGUAUUGCGUCCGAAAAAUGCUCCACCUCCUUCGGACUGAAAAGAGCCCCACACUACAGAAACAUGUCCUCGCGUCCUUAACAAAAGCUUGCCAU